GAAAGUCGCGACCGCAACCUCUCACCAGCUGAAGCAAACACUUCGCUCUUUCUUUGUUGCCAGGGAGGACAGGGCCGAGCCAUGCGACCAGGCUAAGGCAAGGGGUUGGCAAAGGAUCACUUGCCAAAUGGACGCAAUCAAGCAGGCACGGAUACUCAAUGUGGAACUCCUACGGCAAGGCGUCAGCUUCAGAGGCACACUGUUCCUGACCAUUCAUCACCUGAUAUUCUCCAGUCCACAGGACAAGCUUGAGUUAUGGAUCUGUUUCCCCAUCAUCGCCCAUGUUGAGCGACGGCCACCGUCCGUUGGUGGGUUCUCUGCAUUGCGCAUUCGAUGUCGCGAUUUCACCUUUUUGACGCUGCAUUUUGCAGAAGAUGCAGAAUGUGCGCGUGUCUUUGAGUCUGUCAGGAGUCUGACGUGCGUCCCAACCAUUGACAAGCUGUAUGCAUUUUCGUACAAGCCAGGUAAGGCUGAGCAGCAGCUCGAUUCCUGGAGAUGCUAUAAGCCUGAACGCGAGUUUGCGCGGCAAGGCGUCGGCAGUACAUUUCCCCAAUGGCGCUUGUCUCAGUUGAAUGCAGACUAUGCCUUCUCGCCCACUUACCCGGCCGUGCUCGCAAUACCAGACUGUAUCUCAGACAACGUCCUCAACUAUGGCGGCAAGUAUCGGUCAAAACAACGUGUGCCGGUCCUGACGUAUAUUCAUGCUCUCAAUGGAUGUACCAUCACGAGAGCGUCUCAACCCAUGGUUGGUAUCAAGCAGAAUCGAUCCGUGCAGGAUGAAAAGCUUGUGCAAGCCAUUUUCAACACAACGCAGCAGCGAUCCGAUGUGUAUGGAUCGAGCUGUUCUGGUCAUCUCAUUGUAGAUGCACGGCCUACAGCUAAUGCCAUGGCGAACGUCGCAAUGGGCGCUGGCUCAGAAAACAUGGAUCACUAUCCAUCUGCCAAGAAGGUAUAUCUUGGUAUUGAGAAUAUCCAUGUCAUGCGUGACUCACUCAACAAGGUAGUCGAGGCAAUCAAGGACAGUGAUCUGACACCUCUUCCACCGUCGCGCGACUUGCUGCAGAAGAGUAAUUGGCUCAAACAUAUCAGCAACGUGCUCGAUGGCGCUAGCAUCAUCGCCCGGACCGUGCAUCUCGGCAAUAGCCAUGUCCUUGUUCAUUGCUCAGACGGCUGGGAUCGUACGUCGCAGCUUUGUUCACUUGCAGAAAUAUGCUUGGACCCGUACUACCGUACCCUCGAGGGCUUCGUCGUUCUGGUGGAGAAAGAUUGGCUUUCCUUCGGUCAUCGCUUUGGUGAGCGGUGUGGUCACUUGUCCUCUGAAAAAUCGUUUGUCAGCGGAACUCAAGCUGCUGCUUCUUCCCAGAUACGAGAUCCAACGGCAUCGCCAGAGCGCGAUCUGUUCGGAGCGGGUGGUCGUGAUCGUGCGCGAGAGGCCAUGACUGCCAUUACAGGGAUGGGCAAGAAGUUGGGCGAGGUGGGUCGAUCUCAGCAACACCUCAAGUACACGAGUCCAAUCUUUCAUCAAUUUCUCGACUGUGUCUUCCAAUUACUAGUACAACAUCCAACUAGGUUUGAGUUCAAUGAACGCUUCUUGCGGAGAUUGCUCUACCACACGUACUCUUGCCAGUAUGGUACAUUUCUUUUCAAUACAGAGAGAGAAAGGGUCGAGGCGAAAUUGGAUCAGCGGACGAGAUCUGUGUGGGAUCAUUUCCUGGCGAAGCGAGACGCGUACCUGAAUCAGGAUUACGUGGCUGAGGCUGCUGCAGACGGCGAGAGUCCACGACAAGAUACUUGGCUCGAGUGCAAUGUCAAGCUGGUCAAGUGGUGGCACACAGCCUUCAAUCGUGAGGAUGCCGAGAUGAAUACUGUAGAGGUACGGACUGCUGCCGGUGCUGGCGACGAGGUGGAUGUUGUGGAUACCAGUGUAGACACUCUGUCUGCAGGAGCUGAGGCCCUGACAGUCUCGUAGAUCCGAUGUGACUGUUCAAGUUCCUUCUAUACCUCUCAAUGAUUUGGCAUC